AUGACUUUCGGGGCUUCCACUCCGGACGUGAUAUCUUUGCGGAAGUAUUUCGCUCAGAACGAUCGCGUCAAAGAGUUCGGCGUUCAUAGUCUGAAGGUACACUGUGUAUCAUGGAAUCAGGACGGUCGAAAACUGGCGUCAGGCAGCCUCGAUAAGACGGUGACAAUCUUCACCCUCGACAAAGACCGCCUCAGUAAAGACACAACCCUUCGCGGUCAUUCGGACUCUGUGGAUCAGCUGUGUUGGCAUCCAAAACAAGUUGAGGUUCUAGCCACAGCGUCGGUGGACAAAACCGUCAAAAUGUGGGACGCCCGUCAACCGAAAGCCACUCACAGCGUUGCAACUAAGGGGGAGAACAUAAAUAUAUGCUGGUCACCAGACGGGCAGACGAUUGCCAUUGGGAACAAAGAAGAUCUUGUGAGCUUCAUCGAUGUAGCAUCCUUCAAGAUCCGCAAGGAACAACAAUUCAAGUUCGAGGUGAACGAAAUGUCGUGGGAUAAAACAGGGCAAUUCUUUUUCCUCACGAGUGGCCUCGGUUGCAUACACAUAUACAGUUACCCAGAUAUGGCGUUGGUCCAAGUAUUGCAAGCUCACCCUUCGAAUUGCAUAUGCGUUCAAUUCGAUCCCACGGGGAAAUAUUUCGCGACUGGGAGCUCCGACGCGCUCGUCUCAUUGUGGGACGUCAAUGAACUCAUCUGUCUGCGGACUUUCAACAGGCUUGACUGGCCCGUCAGAACCUUGAGCUUCAGUCACGACGGCAAGCUAAUAGCAUCUGCCUCUGAGGAUCUCAUUGUGGAUAUCGCUCACGUUGAGACAGGUGAUCUCAUCUACCAAAUUCCGGUCAAGGCAUCCACCUUCUCAGUAGCCUGGCAUCCGAAGAGGUACUUACUGGCUUUCGCCUGCGAUGACAAAUACGGAACUGGGGAAGACCGUGAACGAGAUGCGGGUCUCGUGAAACUUUUCGGAGUCAGUCGCGACUGAAUCCCGUAACGUUCGAUAGCAGUUCACGGAGCCGAGGCGGUAGACCACUCGAAUCU